GCCUGAAUCGACUACCCAAUGACAAUCCACCGAAGUCCAACAACCAUUGGCUGGGGGCUUCGGAGACUUGUCAGCCUCCAGGCGGGAAGAGUUACAUUCUUAUCAAAUGCAUGCGCUUCGCCUCGAACCCGUUACCCGAGCACACCAUAACAAUUGCCGGCUGAGCGAUAACCAACAGGAAAGCAGCUGAAGGGACAUGACUUUCAAUGUUGUGUUCAAAACUCUGGUAGAAUGCAGUUUCGUGGUAAAGCCGCAUGCUGACGGCAUUAACAUCAAGUGUGGUCUUUGAAGCUCCGAGAUUCAUAUAUGUCUUCUGAGUCUCCACAAUGGCAACCCAGAUGCAGCAACAGAUCUCCUUAUGGCGCCUAUCCGUGCUUCGAUAUCCUGUAACGAGACUAUAGGGCAAGGAUGGGUAUCGCAGCCAAAUCAGAGAGGAACUUUGGACAUUUUGUGGACUUGUAUAUCAACACUUUUCAUCUGUCUUUGGGUACAGCUUCAUUUAAACUUGCCUGCUAGCCACGAAGGACUUCUUCGUCAGUCUUGGCGAAGAUUCAGAUGGCUUCUGCUCGGAGCACUGGUUCCAGAAGCUUUUCUUCUCUCUGCCGGCGGGCAAUGGGCGUCAGCCAAAAGAUCUCAAGCAGCUAUGAAAGCUCUGGGACUGGAGAACUGGUCACUUGCUCACGGCUUCUAUGCCGACAGCGGCGGUUUCCUUAUCCACUCGCAAGACGCACCAGCAUUCCCGGCAAACGCAAAGCAAAUACACUACCUCGUCAAAAACAAAUACAUCCCCAUGCCGGAAAUCACUCAAAAGGAGAUAUUUGAUAAGAGCAAGGGCGACAAGUUCACCAAAACAGUUGCGUGUUUCCAGACAUUAUGGUUCAUGACCCAAUGCACCGGCCGCAUCAUCCAAGGCCUACCAGUAUCUCCACUUGAGUACCAAACCUGCGCCAUCAUCAUAUGCACUUUAACAACUUACUAUUACUGGCUUCACAAGCCUCUUGACGUGCAAACUCCUACAAUAAUCAGAAUGAAAACCCCAAUGGCCGCGAUACUCAUCGCCGCAGGUCCCAUAGCUAAAGAACCAUACCGGUACACACCACUCGACUUUGUCGAAGCCCAAGCACACAUCAUGAGCCUCUUUCCUCGCUUCUGCCGCGAUAAUGGUCCCUACCGUAAGCCGUUCCGUCGAAUUCCAAACGAUCGGAAUCCUCAGCUGCUUGACAUUCGCCAACGCGCAUUCCUAGGGAUCAACGUCAUCCUCUUCUCGACCCUCUCCUUCGCCGAAUGGUACUUCGCCUUUCCCUCAGCCAUAGAAAAGACCAUGUGGCGUUGCGCGUGCGUGACAGCAGAGUCGUGUCUGUUCAUCCACGCGCUUGCUGAUGCGGUGGGUAAUCGUCAGCGGAGGAAGAAGGGUGGGGAAUAUCAGUACAUCGAAGGGUAUAAACUACGGAUGCCGGUUGGACUCAUAUUCUUCUGGAUCCCGUUCUUUACGUACCUGGGAGCGAGACUUGUGAUUAUUGGUCUUGCGGUUUCGAGUCUGAGGAGGUUACCGAUUGAGUGCUAUACGACGGUGCCGUGGGCGAGUAUGCUGCCUCAUAUUUCGUAAAGACGGUCACGAGUGGAGGGCUGCAUCUCUAUUGUUACUGUUCAGUUUCUUUCCGAAAACGAUACAGUUGUAAAUAGCUAUAAUCUCGAGUAUCUUGUACAACACACAAAAUUGCUUUCGGGACGU